AUGGCAAAUAUUCUUAUGCAUUCAACAGUACCAUCUCUUCUUACCAAUACUGAUUCGACAUCGAACCUUCUCGUUGAUACUCCAACAGAGGCCUCUCAUACAAAUAAUAAAUAUAAUGGUCAUGUUACACGAUUACGUAACGUCUUUGCCGAACAUUCAUUAAUGGCAAAUAAAUUCAACUCAGAUGAUCAGACAACAGAUUAUCAGGAAACAAAAGGAAUCUUUCAAACAUUAGAUGCAACAACACCAUAUCAGAAUGAUUCACAACUAACAACAAAAUCGAUGGUUAAUACUAAUCGACAAGAACGCAGCAACCAUGAGAUUUCUAAACAAUCAUCGCUGAAUACAUCAACAAAUCGAUCAUUUGAUGGAGUUCCAAAUGGAAAUGAAGAUGUCUCUUAUGCAAUCAUUAAUCGACGAUGUUCGAAUAAUGAGCAACAUUAUGAUUUUCCAGCGGAUGCCAUUCAACAAUAUAAAAAACAACAGCGUGAUGAAAACGAAAUAAAACCAUCUACUGAACAACUGACGACCCGAUUUGUACCUUUUAACGUAUUAAAACGAAUGGAUCAUUUGAAUACCGUUUUUGUCAAGCCAACUAAAAUCGAUCAAUCAUUGCCGAAAUUAAUAUUUUCUGAUAGCGAAAAACAUAGGUUAAUUCAAUCAAAUGACAAUCCAACACAUCAUGAAGCUGAUUAUACGCAAGUUGAUAACCGAUCAUCAUCGCCAGUCUUCUAUGAGAAACCAGGCAUACCAGAGCUUCCUGAUGAGAUUGCAUCGAACGAAGCCGGACGAGUGAAGUUCAGUCAUGCACCAAUUCGGGUCUAUCCGACAUAUUCCCCAAGUGAAUAUGACCGACGAAAUGAGGAUAUUGAUCCGUUUGCAGCUGCAGCCGAAUAUGAACUGGAAAAGAGAAUCGAAAAGAUGAAUGUUUUCUCAGUCGAAGUCGAAAAAGGACCUGAUGGACUUGGAAUAAGUGUAUUGGGCAUGGGUGUGGGUGCUGAUAGUGGUUUAGAAAAAUUAGGCAUUUUUGUUAAAUCAUUGAAUCCUCAGGGCAUCAUUGCGAAAGAUGGACGCAUUCAAGUCGGUGAUCAAAUCAUUGAAGUGAACGAACAGUCAUUGGUGGGUGUGACACAUGCAUGUGCGACGAACGUGCUCAAGACGACGUCGGGUUUAGUAAAAUUUCUCAUCGGUCGAGAGAAAGAGCCAGAGAAGUCGGAAAUCUUCGCUCUUAUCCAACGCUCGUUACAGUUAGAUCAACAACGCGAAGAUAUUUCUCAAACAUUUCAGCAAUAUCACGAUGCAUAUUACGAACAAAACUUCAACGAUGAAGAAGAACCGAUGGACGAGAAAAUGUCGAAUGAGUUCGAAAUUGAAAUUCUCAAGCAAUGUUAUGAAUCUUUAGAAAGAACAUUGGAUACGACAGAGAAAGAAAGAGAACAUUAUCGACAACUUUAUCAACAAGCACAAAAUGAUUUCAAACAAAUCGAAGAAAAAUACUCUCAAGCAAUGGCACUAAUCAAAGAAUUACAAGACCGCGAGACGGAAUCACGGCGACAACAAACUGAAUUAUCCGAACAACAUGAUCAACGUGUUAAUCAAUUGAUGCAAAAAAUCGAUGACCUCGAGAAAGUCAUAGCGACAUCAGCAACCAGAUCUGAGAACAAUUUAUCAUCGCUCAAAACUACCGAAUAUCCCACGUCGUACUCGCCCGAGAUGUCUGAACGUUUGACAUUUCGAACACGUUCCAGUUCCGGUCAGCCACUGAUAACAACAAAUCGCUUACCAAUGACUGUAUCAUCCGUUCGUAUUCCAUCGUUAUCGUUAGAAAAAAUGCUAACACGUUCACCUAAUGACAUCGAUCAAUGGCAAAUGCGUUCUGCUACGAUGACAACUAAAUCAUCGGACCAAUUCGAUCGAAAUGCGUCGUUAAACAAGAGCCCGUCGACAAAAGCUUAUACAAUGAAUAUUCCAGGAUUGCACGUCUCGACUCCGUCACUCGGUGGAAUCUCCAGUGAUUCGAAUUUCAACGAUGCCAGAACAAGUAUUACUAAAGACUCAUCAGCGGACAAAACAAGUACUGAGGCAUGUUCAACUGAUGAGUAUGUGGAGAUCAAAGAUUGGACAACUGACCGAUGUAUUCAAUGGUUAACAGCACAGAGAAUGACACCUUUAAUACCAAUAUUUCUCAAUCGUAACAUCGACGGUGAAAAACUUCUCGUACUCGAUGGUUCUAAAAUGAAGGCUAUGGGUAUCAAAUCAAGUAAAGAUCGUGAUCAAUUGAAGUCGAAAAUCAAAGAGCUUAAACACGUGGAAUUGAAUCAAUUGCGUGAUCGACUGAUGGCUCAAUCGUCUGUAUCUUAUCGAUCUGGAACGAGUGAAAAGAAAUCGCGUUCGUCAAGUUUAAGCAAAUUGCGCGAACGUCGAUUCUUUAGUAGUAGUUUUGGCAAAUAA